AUGGUCAUGGCUCUGGUGAGCAACUUGACCGCUGCUCCCACGUCCUUCCGAUGCCUUGCGCGCAUUGCUGUGUUGCCAACCUCGACGCAUCCAUCGCCACCAUCUCAUCUUAACUUUCGUCUACAUGCAUGGAGCUGUGUGUCCACAUGUUGUCCAGCUGCCCAUUCGCUCCAACACCAUCCUGAGCGUUGGAGCUGCCCACGCGACUACAUGUACUACGCGACGGUGAAUCCAUUGCUGCUGGUCCAGUUGCUGCGCAUCCCUGCAGUAAUAUGUCGGCCGCUGGACGACGUCUGGCUGAAUGCAAGCUCCUCGGCACCCCAGUGCCAAGUCCAAUCCCAGUAUUCCACGGCACAACUGCCUCAACGGUCUGAACCGUCUCGUGUGACUUGGGUGGCCAUCCGCCAACUCGAGGACAACAGCGUCCGCCGCAGCACCGCCUUGGACCUGCUCUUCCCCAUAUGA